AUGGCGAACUCGCUGAUCCCCACUUUCAUCCUUGAUACAGACCACCCAUGGCUAUCUGAAAACCAUGGUUGGCUUGAGUCGUAUCCUGAUGUCGCCAGUGCUCUAUGUGACAAGUCUUCCCCGCUAUGGACUGACCCAUCCCCUGGGCACGAGAUCCCAACUGAUCUCUUCAGCCGCAUCAACAUCGAUAAUAAUAAAGUUGGUAUCGACCGGUUGGGAUGGGAUAAUGCUGUUUCGCGUCUUAAAGAGUUGCGCAACUGCACCGCCGCUCUUGAGGACGUUAGAUACUUAGAUGUAUACAUUUACGUACAUACCGGCAAAUUCUCUGACCCGCUCGUUGACCCAGAAAUGCCAUCCGAACUCCCGGGCUUGUUUGCGGAAGUAUUGACAUCCAUGCCGCAUUUAGAGAGACUGAAUUGGGGACUCGACACAGACCACACGAUAGCUUUCAGAGACGAGUUUUUACAACGGAAUUUAACGCUUCCUAGCAUUCGACACCUAGUUCCUAGCGCACAGAGCCAUUACCUUCUACCCAUGUGUCCCGGCCUAGAGACUCUGGAGGCCGGUAAUUUCCAUCUCGAUAGCUGGAAUGAGGGGUAUCGCGAGGAUCGUGAAGACCGCGAUUCGAAGUUUGAUAUAGUGCGCGCCGCCUCUUCCGUGAAUAGUCUUAAAGAGUUCUUGAUGCUAGGUGACUGGACACCUAAGAGACUUGAAGGUAAUUAA